AGUGAGGAAAUAUUGAUCGAUUCAUUUGGCCUAAAUUACUAAAUAACUUCAAGAUACCUGACAAUUGUUUGAUUUUACGAUGUCUUCUAUAAUACAGAAAUGCAAUGAUGACAACAUCCCCUUGGCUGACGAUGAUCCCCAGGUGAUAAUAAAUGAUGAUGUGGAUAAUAGUCACUUGGAUCAUGGUCGUUCGAUGGAUUCGCUUCCAAGUUCUUAUACUGGAGGGUCAUCAAGCCCUGGUCUCAACGGACCGCAAAGCUUUGAGCCAGACACAGGCUUAGACGAGCAGGAAGAAAAGGCAAGAUUGAUCUCACAAGUACUAGAGCUACAGAACACUUUAGAUGAUUUAUCCCAAAGGGUUGACUCGGUGAAGGAAGAAAACCUGAAGCUACGCUCAGAGAACCAGGUCCUCGGCCACUACAUAGAGAACUUGAUGUCUGCAUCGUCUGUGUUCCAGUCAACCUCACCCAGUGCACCCAAGAAGUAAACUGUUCUAUAACAAACUAAAUAGUAUGGCUAAAUGCUGUACCUGUAGCUGCCUAGAUUUUUCACACAAAGAGUUUUCUAACUAAUAACUUUUUGCUAUAGAUGGAACUUGGCUAUCAAUGUGCAAGUGAUAAACAUAUUGUGGCUUGAUUAUAGCUUUGCAAAGAGCACAACUAAUUCAGUAUUGGAGUUGCAUAUUGUCUGUUGUUGCCUGCAAUAGACUUGACAACCAAGACUAUUUUGUCACAUUAUAUUAUUUACCUUAUCAUUUUAGAAAUAAUUUUAUUUAUUAGAGGAUUGUUUAGAUCUGAUAUUAAUGGAGUAUAUUGUUAUGAUUUCAAUUUUGUGCAUUAUUUUAGUGACCAUGCAUUGUAAGGAUGUUAAGGGAAUUGUACCUUCUAAAAGCUUUUAUGUAAUACAAUAACUGCAAAUAUUGAUAUAUUUACUGUAAUUUAUCAGUAUAUUUAUAUUAAUUAUGAAAUGUAUAGAAGUGGUGGUGCCUUGUUGCAUGAAAACAUAUUUAAACAAUGCCUACAUUCCAAUAUUUACAGCAAGCACUUUUAAUUUUAAUUUAACUACUGACACUAUAAAUAUUAUUCGUUAUUUAAUAAACACAACCUCUAAGUAUUCUAUUGUAAAUUAAAUAUGCAUAAUGCUCUCGUUUUACUUACACUUACACUAAUUUAAAUAAAAAUGAGAGAAA